ACUUGAUUCCACGUAUUUGUUGUUGUUGAGGUUGAGCAUAAACAUUCACAACAGAACACAGCUAUUAGCACAAACAAACAAGACAAAGCACCAACCCCAAAGCAUAACACUCUUAAGAUACUCUCUUCAUUCCAACUUCAACUCUAACACACACACACACACACUAUGGAACUAUUUCUUGGAAGAAUCACUCACUCCUAACAACAACACAACAUUAUCAUGGCUUCAACACCUCUUGUCUUCUCCACCUUUCUCUCUUCCAAACUCUUCCAAACUUCCCACAAUCAUCAUCAUCAUCCUCCACCCCUUAAUUCUUUUCCAUCUUCUUCUUUAUCCUACAAAUCAAAACAGAGUUUACAUUAUUUCCAUUCAAAGCCACUGUUGUUUUCUCCAAAACUAAUCACACGAGCUGCUUCUGAAGAACGUGCUAGUGAAGUCAUAGAUUCUGAUUUGGUGGGUGAGGAUUCUGCAACCUUUGACCUUAAAAAUCAGAAACUUUCUUCUUGGUUUUACUUCACUGCAAUUUUGGGAGUGGUUCUGUUUGUUCUUAAUGUGAUUUGGAUUGAUGAUUCAACUGGGUUUGGUACUGCUUUUGUUGAUUCCAUUUCAGGAAUUUCAGAUAGUCAUGAGGUUGUUAUGUUGGUCCUGGUUCUCAUAUUUGCGGGUGUCCACAGUGGCCUGGCCAGCUUCCGUGACACCGGUGAGAAACUCAUUGGAGAGCGAGGUUACCGUGUUCUUUUUGCAGGAACGUCGCUACCUUUAGCUCUCACCAUGAUUGUGUAUUUUAUUAAUCAUAGAUAUGAUGGAGUUCAGCUCUGGCAGCUCCAAGAUGUUCCCGGCGUACAUCAACUUGUGUGGCUAUCUAAUUUCAUCUCGUUCUUGUUCCUAUAUCCUUCAACCUUUAAUCUUUUAGAGGUUGCAGCAGUUGACAAGCCUAAAUUGCAUCUAUAUGAAACUGGAAUUAUGAGAAUAACCAGGCAUCCACAGAUGGUUGGACAGGUUAUGUGGUGUCUUGCACAUACAGUUUGGAUUGGAAAUUCUGUGGCGGUUGCGGCUUCAUUCGCCUUAAUUGCACACCAUUUAUUCGGUGUUUGGAAUGGAGAUAGGAAACUGUCUGAAAGAUAUGGGGAAGAUUUUGAGAUAGUUAAGGGUAGAACAAGUGUUGUACCUUUUGCAGCAAUACUUGAUGGAAGACAAAAGUUACCAAAAGAUUUCUACAAGGAGUUCAUUCGAUUACCAUAUUUUACAAUCACUGCCUUAACAUUAGGAGCUUACUUUGCACAUCCACUUAUGCGGGCAGCUAGUUUCAAUCUUCAUUGGUAGUUUAAAAUGUUAUGUUUAUAGGUAGAUACUAGUAAUAAUGCCACACUUUGUAGUAUAAACAUACCGAUGGAUAGUGAAAACAUCAGAAAGGAUUAAGAAAUUGAUUGAGAACUCUUUUGGUUUACAACAGAUUAAUUGAUAAGUUGAUCAUGUGCACAUCUAAAAUCUCAUCUCUUAUAGUUUUGAACUCAACACUAACCUCCCUUUCAAUUAACCUUGUUAGUUCACCGUCAAUUAUUUGUAGAAUAAUGCUAGCAACACAUUCUUUAACAAACACACUACAACACACUCUCUUUUAUUGGUUGAAAUUCACAUGGGUCUCACAAAAAAAUGUGGACCCAUAUAACUUUUAUGGGACCCAUAUAAAUUUUAACCAAUAGAAGAGAGUGUGUUAGAGUGUGUUUAUUAAAGAGUGUGUUGCUAGCACUCCUCUUAUUUGUAAAUUAACUCACCUCCUUUCAUAUUUUCAUUCACCUCACACUGGUUGCAAGUGUGUUUGUAGAAUCUUUAAUUUCGAUUAAGUAACCUAUCUGUAUAAUUGCCUUUGA